AUGAUCCCACGGUCUUGCCUUUCGCUUUUCGCAUCCGCCCCAAGAUGCAAAUUUGAUCUAACAUCCACCCUUCGCACACCAUCCCCACUUCGAAGUACUUGGACCGCCCGCAGACCGUUCUGUCAAACCCCGAUCGCCAUGGAGAGCUCGACUACUCCCACCGGCAAGCUGGUAUCCUACCAGGGAGCUGAAUACAAUGUGAUUAAAGAGGGUCUGGCGUAUAUUCUCAACCCCCCGGCCCAGGAAGCCGCCUCCAAAGGCACCAGAAGGGAUCUCAAGGCCGAAGACGAGAGCCAAUCGGUCUUCUAUAACCCAAUUCAACAAUUCAAUCGUGACCUGAGUGUCCUGGCCAUUCGCGCAUUUAGUGAACAUGCGAUGGAUGUGAAGAAACAAAAAGCGGAUCAGAAGUUGAAGAGACGCGCCACAGGCAAUGGUACCAACAAGGGAAAGAAGCGCAAGCGCGAGGAUUCGUCCGAUGAACAAGCACCUAACACGACAUCUACAGAGGGCGCAAAUGCAGCAAAGCCCGAAACCGCCGAGCAGUCUGCGCCAGCACCGAACGAGACGUCCGAUGCGCCGUCCGAGCCCACUCCCGCCCCCUCAUUCACAGUCCUCGAUGCCCUCUCCGCAACAGGUCUGCGCGCCCUUCGAUAUGCCUCCGAAUUGCCCGCAGUCUCCAAGGUGGUUGGCAAUGACCUUUCAGAAUCCGCCAUCAAGUCAAUGAGGACGAAUAUUGAGUACAACAAGCUCCAGAGCCGUAUUCAGCCGAACCUGGGCGAUGCGCGUGUCUUCAUGUACGGCGCCGCCAGUGAUCCCACCCGCAAAUUCGAUGUGAUUGACUUGGAUCCUUACGGUACCGCUGCUCCCUUCCUGGAUGCCGCCAUUCAGGGUGUUAAGGAUGGUGGUCUCCUUUGUGUCACCUGCACCGAUGCAGGUGUCUGGGCCUCGACCGGCUACGCCGAAAAGGCGUUCUCCCUCUACGGCGGCACCCCAAUUAAGGGCUUGCACUCGCACGAGGGUGGCUUGCGCCUCAUCUUGAAUAGCCUAGCCAUGUCCGCUGCCAAAUACGGCAUUGCAAUUGAGCCACUGCUCUCGCUCUCGAUCGAUUUCUACGCCCGUGUGUUCGUGCGGGUGUCUCGCUCCCCGGCACAAGUCAAGUUCACUGCCAGCAACUCAAUGAUUGUGUAUAAUUGCGAUUCUGGAUGCGGCGCGUGGACGAUUCAACCCCUCGCUGCCUGCAAUGAGAAGCUUGAUCGCAAGGGAAACCCUCUGUAUCAUUAUAAGCUGGCCCAGGGCCCAAGGGCUAAUACUUACUGUGAGCACUGCGGCUUCAAGACACAUCUUGCGGGUCCGAUGUGGGCUGGCCCGCUACAUAACCCUCACUUUAUUCAGCGGAUUCUGGACAUACUUCCCACUUUGGACCCGGAGACAUAUCAAACUAUCCCUCGUAUCGAGGGCAUGCUUACUACCGCGAUGGAAGAGGACUUGGACCUCAGUCCCUCCUUCACCAAGUCCGCAGAUAGGCAGCAGCAACAAGACUCCGAGACUGAGACGGCCAAGUCCAACGCCAAGGAACAAAAUGAAUACCCGGCUAUCAUCCCACGUAUGAGCCCGGCUCUCCAUGAGCCGUACCCCUUCUACUUCUCCCUGAGCGCACUCUCAAAGGUCCUCCAUUGCGCAACCGUCCCGCAGGACGAGUUCCGAGGCGCUCUUCGCUCAGUCGGGUAUCGCUCUACCCGUAGCCACGCCAAACCAAAUUCCAUCCGCACCGAUGCCCCCUGGAGCGUCGUCUGGGAAAUCAUGCGCGAGUGGGUCCGCCAACACUCUCCUGUGAAGGAAACUUCCCUGAAGCCCGGUACCGCCGGCGCCACUAUCAUGGCUAAGGGCCGUGAUAACCUGCGCAAGGGCAGCAGCGAAGACCCCUGGCUAUCGCAAUUGAAGAGUGACCUUCUUGCUGCCGUUGAGUCUGGAAAGGAUAUCAGCGAUCUGGUCACCAAGGUCGAAGCAUCCCUGUAUAGAUCCGGAUCCCGGCAGUCCUUCGUCACUCAGCCGCAAACUGCCGAUGCACAGGAGAAGUCCGCCGGUGAUGGCCCAGCCGCGCAGGCACAGGCACAGGCACACCCCAGCACACUGGAGGUGAAGUUUGAUGCUGCACUUGGCCGAGAAGCAUCGGCUGCACACUCGAAGAAGCGCCUCGUGCGAUACCAGCUCAAUCCCCGUGCGAACUGGGGGCCAUUGAAUCGGGCAGCAGCAAACUCGAAGUGA